ACUGAAACUCAAGUUUAACUCGAAAAAAAACUGACUUCUCCCUUUAUCUACGAGGGACAUCUAGACUCCAUUGGAUCAAUAUUCAUAAUAACAUAAUCUGUAGGGGGGGUGGGUUCGUGUUUAACUUAUGAGAACGUGUCGUAUACACCAAACGUUAAAGCAUGUGACGAUCUUACCUUUCGGUUGCCAUAUCACUAUACAUCAUCCCUCUCAUCGACGACAAACUAUACAACCAUAGAUUUAAAAAAAGCCUCCCCUGCACGCUAAUUCAAAAUAAUUUCAGAGCAUCGCUUUCUAUAGCUGUUUAGCCAUUCUGUUUGGACUUCCAUGAUGGGUAUUCAGGGCAGAAGACAUUUUGCUCUUUUGGUACUGAUGAGUUUAAGUCUGUUAAUCAGCAGUGAAGAAACAAUUUUGAGAAAUCGAACUUCAAUGGCACAGGAUCUAAAAGAAUGUAAGAAGGCGAAAAAGGAUAUCAGUGGAGCUCUUGGAAGUCUAUUGGUGAUCGAGACUAUCUUUUGCUGCUAUGUUCUAUUUGUUUAAUUUGAAGAGAAAAGAAAGAAGAAGUGAUGAUCCUGAAAAAGAUGGGAGUGGAUUUCAUAUGUAUACUGAAGCUGAUGAGGGUACUAAACAAGAUCAAAAUCAUCCUAAAAACGGCCAACCACUGGCCUCAUCCCCACAAUCUGGUAUGGCACUUCGGCCUGGGCAUCAGCAUCUUCCCAAGAAAUCACGAGCGACGGAGAAAAUUCCUGGUAAGAGGUUUAUCGAGAGGCUAAUGGCAAGAAGGCAUAACAAACCAAACGUGGCGCAGAAUCUGGACGCCACUGUGUUGCCUAGUAACGAGCACGUGAUUGAGGAAGAUGUAGGAGGUUUGGUUUACUCUGAGCCUUACGAAGAUAAAGUUUCAGUUGCUACUGAGCUCAAGUUUAAGAAACCAGGUUCGUUUCGUGGCAAAAUAAACAAGGACCCAUCUCCAGAAAAAGAAAUACAGCUAGUUUAUUACCACGUCUUGGAAGAGAGUACUGAGCCUAAUGCGAAUCUUUCAACAUCCCCCAUAGAAUAUCUUCCUGGUCCCAGUGAAGAAGCAAGGGAGGAUGUGUAUUACUACUGCGACUCUAAUAAUCCUGAAAACGAGAAGAUAGAAGACUCCAAAACAGCACCUCCUAAACCCUUGCCUUUGGUAGCCUCAAACAAUAGCGAGCUUGAGGAUGACACAUAUUAUUCGUGUGUAGCAGAAGAAUCUACAAAUAGUCCAAGCCAAACAAAUCCCAAGAAAGUGCUUUUACCGUUGCCGCAGAUUUCCAAAGAAAUGUCGUCCCCAAGACCAACCACUUCUGCGGGUUUUGCUGCGGCUCAACAAAAAACGCAUUUCCAUGGAUGGGAUAACCAAACACGAAACCAGACGGCAAAACCAAUCGAUAAGAGCUCCCUGAAAGGCAAUCUAAUGAUAAAUGCUCAUAUGAUCCAGGAGAUGAAAAGCCGAGUUGCUAAUAAGAAGUUUGGGAACUAGCAAAGUUUAAAAAGGCGAAAAAACAUGUAGAAGCCAUAUUGUUGUUGUGUGUGAGGUUCUAAAAUUAGACGACUGAGUCAUGUAUGAACUCAAAUAGACCCUUUUCGAGUUCCAAAUUACCGCUGUGUUUUUUGAUUACAGACUCAUUUACUCAGGCUUAGCCUCGAUUUUGUGAAGAAUAUUCACGUAUUCUAGUCAAGGUCCGUCAAGUUUCAA